CAAGUUCUGUUCCCCAAUGAGUUCCUGCCAGCACUAGACCUCCUUGACCGGAAGCUCGUCACUCGCUUUCGGAUCGGCAUUGAACAACCGGUUCCCACGACCAGCAACAAUGCAACGACAGCAGCCCUAGACGUGCAGAUGCAGGAUAGCAAGGUGCCAUUGGCCGACAACACUCCCGACAACAGCGACACAGUCCACUACGUCCGCUCAGUCCAACAGCGCUCCUCCCGCUUCAGCACCUCCUACGACAGCACCACAUCCUACGAAGUCCGCCUGCGCGCAUGGAACUGCACAUGUCCCGCCUUCGCCUUCGCUGCGUUUCCGUCUGUACACCCUGAACCGCCUAAGAGGAAGACUCUGGAGUGGAUGUUUGGUGGUGUGAGCUUGGGUGAGGGCAUGCCGCCGGUGUGCAAGCAUUUACUGGCGUGCGUACUGGCGGAGAGGUGUAGAUGUGUUUUUGGGGAGUGUGUGGAGGAGAGGAGGGUUGAUGUUGAGACGGCUGCUGGAUGGGCUGCGGGGUGGGGA